AUGGUUCUUCUCCGUUUGACAGUCAAAAUCUUUCCAGGGGAGCAACUUAUUCAACAACGCUCUACGUCAUUUGGUGAUGGUGAGGACAGUGAUGAAGACCCCCACAAUACCAUCAGCUUCCUGAUGGUACUACCACAGCCAGAACAAGUGACAUUGAGACAAUUGGCUCAAAUGAUACAGAUGAAAUGGAGACAGCUUCAACCAAAUGCUGACCCUCUCGAAAUCAAGAAGCUCGUGGAUGACGAACAUGAGAACGAUGCGCUGGCUUCAGACCUGACAGUGGCCGAUGUGUUUGUUGACCACGGAAAAGCCCUCGCUGAUGGCCUUGAUCAGAGAGGCGCGAUACGUGUUAUCCAAAUGCCUGGGCGUGGCCAACGUCUGAGCUCUGUGGUACAGGACUGGACUGCUUAUCCCCGCCAGCUUGCUCGCGCAAACCCCACGAAACGGUUACCCCCAGUGCCUCUAUUCCCGGCUUCACCUACAUCUGCGAGUGGUGCUGGCUUAAUCACAGCGGAAUCUGUCUCUGGCCCAUCUCGUCAUUCAUCACAUCCACGAGAGUCGGAUAUCUACUGUCUCUCGACUGAGCGCCAUAACGAACCAUCCAAUAAACGAGAUAACCAUACCAUGCCAUCUCCUGUUUUGGUCGAGGAUUCGCAGAAACAGUCAAGGCGUCAUAUCAAGGGCAAAAGCCGAGCAUUACCCGGUGAUGACAACGUCGAACGAAGGGAAGUGCGCGAAUCUGUUGCACCCGCCCAGGCAAAUAGCAUGGACACUAUGGCGACUCUCGAAGGUGCCGUGGAGAUCGCUCUAGCAGCUCAGAGGGCAGCAUUACCACUGUCGCGCCAACCAUCGCCACCAAAUGUUGUUGUUUUCACAAAACACAGUAUGACGCCGCACCCGUCUUUGAGAUCCAAUUCUAAACUUCGUUCUGCGGGUGCGAAGCCAGACAAGCCAAAAGCGACGUUACCCAAACGGAAUCGGGAGGAAACUGAGGAUGAUAUCUAUCUCAUUCCAUCCACCGACGUAGAGUCUGAGAAACCUACGAAACCUCAACCUGCCAAACGACGGUCACGUAAUACUAUCAGCCGUACCGAUCAAUAUAUCCUACGGCUAAAUACGGAUGCAGCAGCUGCUGCCGCGGCUGAAAAGGCUGGAGGGGAAGAGAACAACGAGAUUGACAUUGACAGCAAUGCAAGUGGAGAUGUGAUAGCUCGACAAACUCAAGCAGACGACAACAUCGCUCUCGACGAUCAAACCACCAUUCGACGUGGGACGAGGAGAUCCAAUCUCCGCGGCCCGGGAAGGAAAUCGAUGGCACUCGAACUUUCCCUUACUCCUCCCGAUAAUUUGAGAGAAGCCUCCCCAGUGUCAACCCCUGAGACGACAAAAGCGCCAAGGAUUGACAUUCCACCAUUUGUUAUCGACUCGGAUGCAGAAAUGAUUGAGGAUCCCAGGAAACCCAAUAAUUUUACCGGUGGUCGUCAACUAAACAGUUUUACGGCUGGAGGAAACAAAGUUGUUGGUGGAAAAUGCAUUGAAGGAGCCAGUGGUGUAACGACCCGUGCAGAUUCCAUGCGCACCGUAAACAGCGCACCCACUCCUGUCUCUGGCAGUGCCAUUCCAGCAAAAGUCGAUACUCCCCGUAGCGAGCCUACCAAUCCCAUUGCACUGAGGACGGAUAUUUCCAACGAUUCUAUUUCCCCUCCAUCCGGCCAUGUAAUAGAAACUAAGCAAAUUACGACUCCCAAAAAGCCUCUCCAGAAAUUUUUCUCCGUCCAGAUUGACCGAUCUCAAAACCAAAGAAACGGUAUCAGUGCAUCUGAAUUACAGAGAACAGCUGGUCGAGACGUCCUAGAUCUAACAAAAGACACUGACAGCAAUCGCGUAUCUCUAUCUCACAUUUCACCUCGUCGACUACCUCCUGGUCCAGGACAACUUGGUCUUGGAAUUACUGCAUCGCCACCGAAAGGUGCUGGAGCCAUUUCAACGAGCGAACCAGCAGCUGUGAGUGAUAAUAACAGCACCUCCAAAACGCACCUGUCGACCACCGCUCCAUUUCCCUGUCCCAGAAACCAGACCCAAACAGACCGCCGAAGUUCUCUCUUAGAGCCUGAGGGAACAGUGCUCGUUGACCCAAGUACACCCAUCCAGUCAGCACUAUGUUCCACCCAAAAGUCAUCGCCAAGAGCAAUGUCUACGCGGCAGUCUGUUUCAUGCUCAGUCGACCCGAAAGUUGAAAAGGCGCCCACUCCUGCGUCUGCCCCUCUAGUAAGGUAUGGAAGCAGCAUUUUCCCCGCCCAUGUGACGGAUGAAUAUGUUGCACGGGUGCAACUAGGUGCAAGCCUCAAGAAGAAAAUUGAGAACGGAAAACGUCAAGGGAAGAGUGAAGAGUAUCUCCGGUAUUUGAACAACGCUCUCGAUCUGUCAAAUAAAAUUCACGCUGCCAUAAAUUUGGGGAAAGCCCAUGACAUUGCCAAGUACCAGUUGAAGCUUAAGAAAAUCCAGAAAAUAAUUGAGGAACACCCUGAAGAUUGCUCUGAGGAGGGUCACCCCGAAGAGGAGAAUCAGCACGGGAAAUUCAAUAAAAGCCUUGAACAUGCUACAAUUGAUAUGGGUCAAAACAAGUCACGGCUCCCCACUGAGUUGGAUGCUACAUCUGGUGAAGGCUCUCCAAUCACUAGAAGGUCCUCCAGAAUUAACAACUCAUCUAAAGCGCCAACGGAUGCUUCAGCCUUCGGACCUGCUCAGCAAUCACGUCCAUCUCACGACAUUCCUUUUGAAGGCGGCUUAGAAAUAGCACCAAAUUCUCCAUCUGAGUCUGAGGAUGAACCAUUGGGCAAAAAUGGCGAACAGGCAAAAGUCGCUGGUGAGAAAAAUGAGUUGAAACGAAAGAGAUCCAAAUCGGAAUUUAAAGGUAAUCCUAGUGGGUCUGAGCAUCAACCACCCCACUCCGAGCUGCAGUCCUCCAAAAAGGACCCGGAGCCAGACCCGAAGAAAAAGAAAUCAGAUACGUCAGAGAAGGGCAUUUGGAAAAAGCCGGAAAUGAACAAUAAAAUUGUUUAUGAGGAAAGUGUAGACGGCCAGUCAUCGUCCUCUGACUCUGACAGCGAUUCCGAUUCAGGCUCGAGUCCAAUAAUUCCCAAAGCCCGGGCUCCCAAAGGCCUUCCCUUACCCGCCCGUGUAGGGGUAGCGAGAAAAUUCAUUACUCCUUUUUCCAAGGUCAAGCAAAAAUGGCCUCCCGGACCCGGCUGGCUUCCUGACGAACAGUCUGGUGGGGAGAACGAGCGAACCGUCGGGGCCACCAAAUCUGGAACGCCACCAUGUUUUCAGCCUGUGUUUAAGGCCAGCCAGAAAGCCUCCGAAACUAACGGUGAGCUUGGUGUUAAUCGCCAGCGCGAAACGCUUAAGUCGCUUAUACAGCGCCAUAAAGGAAGUGAAGAUGAAAGCAGUGCCAAAAAUGCGUCUGAAAAUGAGAGUUUGCCGAGCGGUAGUAGGUUCAGCCGUCUCAAUGGUUUGUUUCGCAGCGCCGGACUGUACUAG